AUGAUAUCCAACCUAGAGUAUUCUAUCCAUGAGUUGUCUUAUCAGAUCAGAUUGAAACCAAACUGGACACUCAAAUACAAAAACCCAGAGAUAAGAAAGAAAUGGGAAAGCGAAAUAGAAUCCCAGAUAAAAAGAGGAUAUAACUUCCCCUACAACUCUCGCGAGAUAAUUGAGUACAUUUUUGAUCAGUUGAAGUACUUUGAGUAUCUUCAAAAUCUAACCACUGAUAAAUACACUGUUGGCGCUAUCGAUUACAUUUUUUUCAAUGACAAUGUUGUUGAUCCUUUGUUAAAGAAGAAGUUUUCUGAUAAUGUUCGUGAGUUUGAAUCAAAUGAACCAAGAGAUUACCAUCCAGGCUCCAAUGAUCAAAUAUUGGAUUUAGUUCAUCCUUCUUUGUAUACACUUCGAUAUGGUUUCACUCCUGUUUUUGAUGGUGAAAAUUUCAAAAUUGUCCAACUAAGUGAUUCUUAUCAAGAUGAAACUGCUGAUCCGUAUGACGAAAGUCAUGAAGUUUCUGAAAAGUUUCAAUGGCUUCCAACUAUUUUUCAAUACAAUUCUUCUUCUGACAAAUACAAAGCCCAAUCAUAUAUCAACAAUUUGCAUCCAAUCAAAUACAAAAAAUUAUAUCGAAAUAUUGAAGAUAUUUUCAAUUGUUGUUUAAAUGGCUUGAGUUUGGUUUUAACCAAGUCAUCUAAAAGCGACGAUUACAAUCUUUUAACUAAAUAUAUCGAGGUUCCAUAUGCUGAUUUGGAAAAAACAAGUGAAGCUUUAAAUUAUCAUGCCCAAAAUAAACUCGAUAACGAAAUUGAAAAAUUAUACUAUAACGGUACCAGUUUAAAACAUUUAAAACCCUUUUCAAAUCUUUCUUUGAAAUUUUCUGCUACCAAAGAUGAUUAUAAAAUUGAUCUAAUUAAUUUGAAAGAAAAGUAUCCUGAAUUGAAAGUUAUUGUUAAACUAGCUAAUAUUGAGCUAACCCCCGAAAAGCCCAACUACAAAGGUGGAUCCUGGCAUGUUGAAGGUUGCGAUAAUGAAAAAAUUGUCUGCACAAUUUUGUAUUACUACGAAAUGACCAAUAUUGUUGAAAGUAAAAUUCGUUUUAGAGCUGCUGUAGAUACCGAGGAAUUUAUGGAAUAUGAACAAAAUGCUGACGGCCCAGUAUUAGAUUUAUAUGGUUUGUCCAGAGAUCGUCGAUCGGUUAGAGAGCAAGGAAAUAUUGAUUGUAAAGAAGACAGGAUAUUGAUUUUCCCAAAUUUUCUUCAGCACCAUGUUGACAAGUUUGAGUUGAAAGAUAAGUCUAAAAAUGGAACAAGAAAAAUUCUAUGUUUUUUUAUUGUUGACCCAUCUGAUGCUGGAUAUCAUGUUUUUUCAACCAGUGACGUCCCCAUUCAACAGAAAGAAUGGUGGGACGAUAAGUUAUUCAAUGCUGAAUUGAAGGAAGAUUACUUAAGCGAUGAAACUAAAGAAGAUAUCCAAUCAUUAAUCAAACAAACUGAAAAGCCAUUUGAAUGGCCAAUAACUUUAGAUGAAUCAAAAAAACUAAGAGAAGAAUUGAUAAAGGAACGUUCAAUAAAAAAAGACAAUGCAGAUUUGCCUUUUAACAGAGAGUUUUCAUUGUGUGAGCACUGA